UGCACACGAUACUGAAUACUUGUAUACGUGUGCAAACUGAACUAUAUACUAUAUUCAAUCUGUGAGAGAACACUCAAUCGUUUGUUUAGGAGGACAAAGAGGAGAAACAUCAAGACUAAGAAAACAUGGCUGAUCCAUGUAACUGCACUAAGACUGGAACAUGUGUCUGCUCUGAUUCGUGUCCAGCAACAGGAUGUAAAUGUGGACCCGGAUGUAAAUGUGGUGACGGGUGUAAAUGUUCAGGCUGCAAAGUCAAGUGUAACUGCAGCGGAUCUUGUGGUUGUGGUAAAGGGUGCACUGGACCGGAAAGCUGCAAAUGCGCAAACGAUUCCGGAUGUGGCUGUAAGAAAUGAGUGCGUGUAAACAAAAGACCGAUGGCGGACGCACUUUAUUGUUUUAUAUUGUUUCUCGUUUAUUGUUUCUAUGAUGUAUUCUAAUGUAUUUGUUAGCAUAAUAAAAUAAUUUUAAAAAAUUCG